AUGUCCUGGGGACCGCAACUGUUCUGCAUUCGGACGCAGAACAGCCUUCCAAUUGCGAAAACCGAACCUAGAAUCGCAGAUAUUGAGGGCUCUGGUGAUCCGAAUAGCCGCAUUCUGCUCGAAUUCGUCGACGCCGAGCUAGGAAGAAUAUUCUUAUCGAUAAGCCCACCCAAUGGCCGCGCCCCAAUUCUUUUCAAUAUGGGUCCGACCAUCUCGAAUCCUCAGACCUCUCAGCCAACAAUGGGGAAGAUCCCCUCCCCGCUGGCCCUCACGCCAACCCUCCGCACAACCACUCUCCGCCCGCCCUCCUCCUCCUACUCCUGCCUGCAGAACCAGGUCCGCCACGCCACAUUCAUCCAGCGCCCCCGCCGCCCGUACACGUUCACCCAGCUCGUCCAGCUCUCCGACGGCUCCUCCUACAUCGCCCGCACCACCUCCCCCCAGCCGCUCUACGUCGCCACAAAGGACACCCGCAACACCCUCACCUGGCAGCCCUCGGAGAAGUCGCUCAGGAACGUCGAGCUCGACGAGGCCGGCAAGCUGGCCGCCUUCCGCGGGAGGUUCGGCACCGCCUUCGACGGCAAGCAGGACGCCGAGGAGGACGCCGGCGAGCUCACCGAGGACACUUACGGCGACCUGAUGGCUUCGUACGCCAACCAGGAUACCAGCUCGUUGAAGGAUGCUGCUCCUACUAAGAAGAAAUAA